UCUAGAAGGCCCCUCAUGUUCUCUCUCGGAUUCUUUCCCGAGUCUCCGGCUCCCCGACUCCAAUUUCUUCUCAUCCUUCAGAACUCUUUAAAGGAGGAAAAAGCCCCAAAAUUAGGGUUAGGGUUAGGGUUUUGGAUUCGAGAGAAGGAUGCUGAAUCUCCAGAAGAGGCGAGUCCAGCUCGCGCUUUUCGUUGCAGGGCUCAUCGCCCUCAGCAUGACAGCUGAAAAAUUCCGGGAAUUUGUGGGAGAAGAAGCUUCAUCUAAGAGUGGUAAGUUCACAAUCUUUAACUGCUUUGAUAUGGGAUCAGGCACGCUCUCCUGUGGUAUCAAAGAGGGUGUAAAACUUUACGUCUACAAUAUCAGAAGUGCACAUGUGGAGAAAGUGAGACAGAGAGCCACCGAGAUGGCACUAGCUGAGGCCUUAAAGGAGGGUCUAAGCAACAGUGAAAAACAAUCCAUUAAAGCUGGAACCAAGGCAGCAAAGCUUGCCACUCGCCAAGCCAAAAGGAUUCUUGGGCCAAUCCUUUCAUCAGGAUGGGACUUCUUUGAGGCCAUUUACUAUGGAGGAAGCAUGACGGAGGGUUUUCUGAGAGGAGUUGGAACCUUGUUUGGGACUUACGUCGGUGGAUUCCAUGGAGAGCAGAGGCUUGGGAAGUUGGGGUACCUUGGUGGAAGUCAUUUUGGGAGUUGGAUUGGGGGAAGAAUUGGGUUAAUGAUUUAUGAUGUUGUGAACGGAGUGCAGUAUCUCCUUAAUUUUCCUCAGUCUGAGGAUAGCCCACAAGAAAUAAACACGUACAAGAGAGUGGAGGAUUCUGAAUCUUAUGAUUAUACAACGCCCUCAUCCAAAUCCACUGAAUCUUAUGAGUUUGCAACACCUUUAUCGGAUGAAUCCAUUGAUUACGAGAGUAGGAUUGAGGAUUCUGAUAACACUGAAUCUUCAGGUGGAUGGGGGUUCUUUUGAGGUAAUGGAAUUAGAUUGUAAAUUUUUCAAUGAUUGCCUCAUCA